GACAACCGACACCAUGCCCAAGGAAGUCAAGCAGAAGUCCGGCCUCAUCGUCGGCCUCAACGCUGGCCACAAGGUCACCCCUAGGACCCCGGCCCCCCGGAUCUCGCGGAGGAAGGGCUUUCUGUCGAAGCGAACGGCUUUCGUGCGGGAGAUCACCCGUGAGGUUGCUGGACUUGCACCAUAUGAGAAGCGUGUCAUCGAAUUGCUCCGAAACUCCAAGGACAAGCGUGCCCGUCGCCUGGCAAAGAAGAGGCUCGGCACCUUCGGCCGUGCGAAGAGGAAGGUCGACGAGAUGAGCCAGAUCAUCGCCGAGGCGAGGCGUGCGGGUCACUAAACGAUUCGUCGAGUUGGGAAUGGAGCAGCACGGGGGACCGCAUUUUCCACUUCUCUCUGGGUGUUAGGUCUCUUCACGGCGGAUUGACACGACUUCGAAGGAUG